AUGCCUCCAAUCUUUCCAGUUUUCAUUAAUGUUAACACUUCUCUAUUUCACUCUCUUCAAUCCAUUUCUUUUUUUUCUCUUUUUUUCUUCUUGUUAUGUUGCAAAUUUGUACGAUCAUCUUCCUUUCUCUCUCUCUCUCACAGUUUUCAUCUUUCCUUUCUCUCUCUCACAGCUCAUCUUUCCUUUCUCUCUCUCCACAGCGACUCAUCUUCCCUUUCUCUCUCUCCUCACAGCGACUCAUCUUCCCUUUCUCUCUCUCUGGCGACUCAUCUUCCCUUUCUCUCUCUCUGGCGACUCAUCUUUCCUUUCUCUCUCUCACAGCGACUCAUCUUUCCUUUCUCUCUCUCUGGCGACUUAUCUUUCCUUUCUCUCUCUCUCACAGCGACUCAUCUUUCCUUUCUCUCUCUCACAGCGACUCAUCUUUCCUUUCUCUCUCUCACAGCGACUCAUCUUUCCUUUCUCUCUCUCACAGCGACUCAUCUUUCCUUUCUCUCUCUCUCGACUCAUCUUUCCUUUCUCUCUCUCUGGCGACUCAUCUUGUCUUUCUCUCUCUCUCUUAUCUUGUUUUAUCUUGUCUUUCUCUCUCUCUCUGCGUUUAUCUUGUCUUUCUCUCUCCUUUUAUCUUGUCUUUCUCUCUCUCUCUGCGUUUUAUCUUGUCUUUCUCUCUCUCUGCGUUUUAUCUUGUCUUUCUCUCUCUCUGCGUUUUAUCUUGUCUUUCUCUCUCUCUCACACACGGUUUUCUUCUUGUCUCUCUCUCUCGUUUUCAUCAUUCCUUUCUCUCUCUCUCUCACACGGUUUCAUCAUUCCUUUCUCUCUCUCUCACACGGUUUCAUCAUUCCUUUCUCUCUCUCUCACACGGUUUCAUCAUUCCUUUCUCUCUCUCUCACACGGUUUCAUCAUUCCUUUCUCUCUCUCUCACACGGUUUCAUCAUUCCUUUCUCUCUCUCUCACACCAUUUCAUCAUUCCUUUCUCUCUCUCUCACACCGUUUUCAUCAUUCCUUUUUCUCUCUCUCACACAGUUCAUCAUUCCUUUCUCUCUCUCUCACACGGUUUCAUCAUUCCUUCUCUCUCUCUCACACGGUUUUCAUCAUUCCUUUCUCUCUCUCUCUUUCUUUCAUCAUUCCUUUCUCUCUCUCUCUUUCAUCAUUCCUUUCUCUCUCUCUCUCUCUUUCAUCAUUCCUUUCUCUCUCUCUCACACGGUUUCAUCAUUCUUUCUCUCUCUCCCGUUUCAUCAUUCUUUUUCUCUCUCUCUCCACGGUUUCAUCAUUCUUUCUCUCUCUCUCCUGUUUUCAUCAUUCCUUUCUCUCUCUCUCCCCGUUUCAUCAUUCCUUUCUCUCUCUUCCACCGUUUCAUCAUUCCUUCUCUCUCUCUCCACCGUUCAUCAUUCUCUCUCUCUCUCUCACACGUUUUUCUCUUGUCUUUUUCUUUCUCUUUCCCCUUUUUCUCUCUCUCUUUCCGUUUUCUCUCCCCUCUUUUCGUCUCUCUCUCUCUCCCUUUUUCCGUUCUUCUCCCGUUGUCUCUCUCUCUCUCUCUUUCCCCGUUUUCUCUCUCUCUCUCUCUCUUUCCCGUUUUCUCUCUCUCUCUCUCUCUCUCUUGUCUCUCUCUCUCUCUCUUUCCCGUUUGUCUCUCUCUCUCUCUCUUUCCCGUUUUGUCUCUCUCUCUCUCUCUUUUUCCCCGUUUUGUCUCUCUCUCUCUCUUUCCCCGUUUUGUCUCUCUCUCUCUCUUUCCCCGUUUUGUCUCUCUCUCUCUCUUUCCCCGUUUUGUCUCUCUCUCUCUCUUUCCCCGUUUUCUCUCUCUCUCUCUCCGUUUUAUCAUUCCUUUUUCUUUCUCUCUCUCCUCUCUCUCUGUGUUCAGCCUUUCCCCCUCACUCUCCCUCUCCCUCUCACCUUUGA